AUGCCUUGGGUACCCGUCCUGCUCAUGCUGCUCACGCAGUGUACAGGUUGUGACCCUCAGCCGGUGCUGCACCAACCUCCAUUGGUGACGGCCUCCCUUGGAACCACUGUCAGAGUUGCCUGCACCCUGAGUAACGACUAUGACGUGAGCAUUUACAACAUCUACUGGUACCAGCAGAGGCCAGGUCAGGCACCAAAGUUCCUGUUGAGGUUCUUCUCAUCUUCAAACAAGAACCAUGGCCAGGGCAUCCCCUUUCGCUUUUCUGGCUCGAAAGACAUGGCCAUGAAUACGGGGUACUUGAGCAUUUCUAAGCUGCAGGCUGAGGAUGAAGCUGUGUACUUCUGUGCUGUGGGGUCUCAGAAUAUGGACCAACAGGUGAAGAGAGACAGGGAGCAAGGCAAGGAGCCUGUUGCAUCAGGGUCCCAGGCCCCCUAG